UGGCUCAGUGUAGCGGUUGUCACACAAGCUCAGAGACGAGACGGGGAUUCAUGAAGAUGUCAGUUUUUACGCACGGUGGGGGACGCACGCAUCCACGUCACGGCGCGGUCACGACACGUCCACAGCUUUCGCUUUUAGUUCGGCUCGUCCUAUUCGCCACUUCAAUGCGCUGCUAGUGAAAUUCUUCCUACAGCUGCUUGGACUCCAUCCUUGUCCCCUCCUCCUUUUCGUCCUCCACCUCUUUGCUGUCCCGUCACCAGCAUGGACAGGACGGCGAGCAGUCUUCAUCACGGAACCAACAAAAGCAACUCCAAUUCUUCUGGGGACCGAAGCAACUCGUCACGAAAACCCGGGGGGUGGACGGGUUCGCCAAGUCCUGGUCCCGGGCCACACUGCGGCCCCGCGGGUGCAGGGGGUGGCCGGGGGGCUUUCUUGGGGAACAGCACCAGUUCGCAGCAGGGUCGCAAGCGACAACUGGAAGGAGUUCUCAGCAAAUACACCAACCUCAUUCAAGGCUGGCAGAACAGGUACUUUGUGUUGGAUCCAGAUUUAGGAUCGCUGCUAUAUUAUGUCAACGAACAAGGAAGGAGCCAGAAGCCGCGAGGGUCCCUUCCUUUAAUCGGCGCCACCAUAACUCAGAGCGAUGAGGUUCCGCACAUGUUCAUCGUCAAUUCUGUCAAUGGAGAGAUGUACAAACUCAGAGCUUCUGAUGCCAAAGAGCAGCAGUAUUGGGUUAGCCAACUCCAAGCGUGUGCCAGGAGACAUUCUGACUGCAGUGCCAAGGUAAGGAAGCUGAAGGGCUCGGAUGAACACCUGAGUGCAGAAGAAUCAGCGGGGGGACAAGAUGCCUUGGGCUCCUCAUCAUCCGGUCGCAAUCGUAGCUUCUCUCUCCUCCCACACCUUACGCCAACGUCAUCACCGGCUUCUCAGAGGCAACUGACUCACACGUCUUCGCCGGGCAACAUCGUUACGAUAACCCAUCACAAGUCACCGGCUGCGGCGCGGCGGGCCAAGAAUCAGUACCCGGGACGACUGCUGGAGGUCAAAGAGAUGAUGUCCCAAGCCGAGGGCCAACAGAAGAACCUUGUCCACUCCAUUGACUCAUUGCCCACCAAGGGUUCCGUCUCCUGCCUGGACCAGGACCUGCUGCUGCUCAAAGCCACGUCGGCCGCCACGCUCAGCUGCCUGGGAGAAUGCCUGAACAUCCUCCAACAGACCCAGAGCCAUAGCCAGGUGCCGCCUCCAUCGCAGGCUACUCAACGUAACCACACUGUCCAUGGAGCUCCCACGGAUGGCGCUCCUGUGUGGACGGUACCAAAGUCACCCUCAGGGCAGCAUCUAAAAAACGGCGACCUGACUCCUCUGCGCUCGGCCGAGCCCUCGCCAGCCCUCAGGGAAAGGAGCUUGUCACACGGUGUUGAGCACCAGGCGGAGCUUGGAGACAUCAGCCAAAGUGAGGAAGUGACGGACACGGAGGACAAUGAGGAAGAGGACCUGGGCGUCUUGGAUGACCAGAGGAGCGUCAUCCUCCACUUGCUGUCCCAGCUCAAACUGGGAAUGGACCUCACUCGGGUGGUGCUGCCUACGUUUAUUCUGGAAAAGCGCUCGCUGCUGGAGAUGUACGCCAACUUCAUGGCCCAUCCGGACUUGUUCUUGUCCAUCACGGCCGGAGUUACACCUGAGGAGCGUAUCGUGCGCUUUGUGGAGUACUACCUGACCUCCUUCCAUGAGGGGCGGAAGGGGGCUGUCGCCAAGAAACCCUACAACCCCAUACUGGGAGAGACCUUCCAUUGCUCCUGGGAAGUGCCUCGGGACAAAGUCAAGCUUUCACUCAGAACCAACCAGGGGUGUGUCCGGGAGUCAGGCAGGAGCCCCAACAACGCAGCGGCGCCGCAAGGCGACGAAGAAGCACCGGGAGCCUGCUACAGAGUCCGCUUUGUGGCCGAGCAGGUUUCCCAUCAUCCGCCGGUUUCGGCUUUUUACUGCGAGUGCAGAGAGAGGCAGGUGUGUGUCAAUGCACACGUGUGGACCAAGAGCAAAUUCAUGGGCAUGUCCAUAGGAGUGUCCAUGGUGGGAGAAGGCGUGCUGUGUCUGGUGGAGCACGAGGAGGAGUACGUCUUCUCGCUGCCCUCGGCCUACGCCCGCUCCAUCCUCACCGUGCCCUGGGUGGAACUGGGAGGAAAAGUCUCCAUCAACUGUGCCAAGAGCGGCUACUCAGCCACUGUCACUUUCCACACCAAGCCUUUCUACGGUGGCAAAGUACACCGAGUGACCGCAGAGGUGAAACACAACCCGACCAACACCAUCGUGUGUAAAGCGCAGGGUGAGUGGAACGGAACCCUGGAGUUCACCUACAGCAGCGGCGAAACCAAAGUGAUCGACACGGCCAAGCUCGCCGUAACCAGGAAGAAACUGCGAGCGCUGGAGCGACAAGGACGCAUGGAGUCCAGGCGCUUAUGGCAACACGUGACCAAGUCGCUAAAAGACGGCAACAUGGACGAGGCGACGGAGCACAAACAUGGAUUGGAGGAGCAGCAGAGGGCGGACGAGAGACGGAGAGCAGCUGUAAACAAAGCCUGGACACCCAAAUACUUCACUAAGGAGGGAGACACCUGGAUGUACAACAAUCCUUUGUGGAAGUGCACCUGACAACAAGUCAUGGCAUCACUUCCAGUGGCCACACGGGUAGCAACUUCUUAAAACUUGAAAGUUGGACUCACCUGGUUGCCACGGAGACACAGACAGGGAACAAGCAACUGUGCCAAAGGGAAUCUCCAUGUAUAACCAAGGACGGCAGCAUUUUGUAUACAGUUGAUGUAGACUUAGAGUUGUCCUCUAUUUUUCACUUGUGCCAAGGCCUUUUGCACAUUGUCAUGAAAGAAGUCUGUCAGCGCUGUUUGUAUAUCCAAUAUAAUGUUUUCCAUGGCUCACGGAACACUAAAGUUGUCACUUUUACCACUUUUAUAAUCGAUGGAUCUAUCUACCAAUCAGAGUGGUCAUCUAGCAGGAAAUAGGACCACAUCAAAUCAUUUUAAAUAUCAUUGCCAAUACAGAGUUACUCCAUUCAAUGAUUAUAUAAAGUACAAUAGGGCAAGUUUUUAGAGAGUACAUUGGCUUUUAAUCCUAAUAACAGCCUUGAUUGUUUUGUCUGCACAUUUGAAUGUAUCUACACAUUUUUCAUAGUUUAUUCCCACACUUUAUAUUGUGCUGUUGUGUUGUAUUAUUUAUAGUUUAUUUCCCAUAAAGGCUUCUCUCGUCUUCCGUGUGCCCUUAUUUUUUUUCCAUCAAAUCGGUGUUUAAAUUAUGCAAUGAUGGCUGCCGUUUACCAAACGCGCACUUUAAAUUUGACCCUACUCGCUUCCUGUCUGCAUAAGAUUCAACAAGCAAGUUUUCCGAUGAUUUAUCUGCAGUAAAUUCGAGUUAGUAUUUUAAACUCAAAUAUCUAUUUCGGGUAUUUAUAUGUAUGUAUGCACACAAGGAGCAUCUUCGGGAAUGAGUUUAUUUCUCGCGACUAGAACGUCAACAAAACAGCAGCCAGCUGUCCGCCAUUGACUUGAACGUUUUGUAUGGCGUCCAUGCUAAAGCUGUUUGCAGAGGUUGAAGCCUUCACCAUGCUGCUAGCCUUCAACUUGCACAACUUGCGACCAACAUCAACGACAAAGGAUCGGGAGUUUUGGGCCCCCCCACGGAGCAGCCGACAGCCUUGUGGGACAUGCGGAAGUGUCGGCAACCUGUAAUUGGACGCGUAAUAGUAAACAUUCAAUCACAAAAAAGUAACAAGUUGGAUGGCAGUCUGCUCCUUGACGAGUGGUGAAGUCUGUAGUGGGACAAGUGCGGAGGAGUCCAUGCCUGGAACCUAAGUCUGCUUCUUGACGAGUGGUGAAGCGGUCGGUAGUGGGACGAGCGUGGAGGAGUCCAUGCCUGGAUCUAAGACAAAAAGAUUAAGUUAAGUCAAAGUUUUGUGCAGAAAAAGAUGAUGUUUUGGGCAUGAAACUUAACUGCGAUAGAAGAGUUGGUAAUGGCAUGAAGUGUUGCAAGCUGCACGACCAUGAAUCUUUUCUUGUUCUUUGCUGCCUGUCAGAAAUAGAUUUUAAAAAAAAAAUUAGAACAAAGACAGUGUUAUGAAGAUUGUGCAAUGAGCUUUUAAAAAGGGGUACCGUCUAAGUGCAAAUUUGUCCCAAUUUCCAGGUUGCCUUGUAGAUGUGGAAGCAACAAGAAAAAAAAAAGUGUUGCUGGCAUGCAGCUGUGGUCCUUUGCCUCCGCUGUGACCAGCAGAGGGCACUUUAGGCAGCAAGGAGGUGCAGACCUAAAAGUCAUACCCCUGAAAGUAGCAGCUGUGGUCCUCUGCCUCUGCUGUGACCAGCAGAGGGCACUUCAGGCAGCAAGGAGGUGCAGACCUAAAAGUCAUACCCCUGAAAGUAGACUUUAAGGCAAGCAGCAUCUUACUACGACCUUCGGCUAAAGAAGUUUGAGCACUUGGAUCUCAGAUGCAGGCCGGGCUCCUGAAAGACUCCUGGACAGACACACCUGCACACAAACGAGGGAACAGUUUAGUUGCAUGUCUCCACACUGAAAGUAGAGGCAGCCUUGAGGACCUUUAGCACGGUUUGGGUGAAUUUCUUGGCCAAGCAGGUGGCGGAUCUUUGCAGCAAAGUCAGACAGGAUUUUUACUGGAAGCUGUGCUGCAUGAAGGAAAAAAAGAAUAAGGUUAGUGUUUACAACAUGCCACAUUUUUAGCAAGUUGCAUCACCUGUCAGCAUGUUGGAAAGCCAGUUGCUCAAGACCUCGUUUUCUGACGGCCAUCACCAGUACCACCUGAAACAAACGGCUCAAGUCACUUAAAUGUGUCCAGUUUGUCAUUGCAACAAGUGCAAACCUUGUAGGCGCUUCCACUUCAGUUGCUCAAUGCUGCAGGAAGCUUGUCUUUUGGCACCACCUGGUGGACAGAACUGGAAGAAAAUGCACAUGGUGAAAUAAAUGUUUCAAAAGUU